CUCCCCGGCCUGCCCGCCGGCUCUGCCCGCAGCGUGCUCCGGACGCCCCGGGGAGGGGGGUUCGCUCCGUCGCUGGCGGCGGGAGGCCGUUCCGAGUGCAGACCGCCCCCCUCCCCAGCGCCUCCUCCGUCGGCCUGCCCGGCUACACGCCGCCGCGGGCGCCCCGGGGAACGCGGACGCUCCCUGCGCUCGGCCCGGGCCCCGCCGCGGCGCGUCGUUCUCCGCUCACCCCACCAGCCGCAGCGGCCUCGAGCCCGAGCGCCCCGCGGCCGCCGGCGCGGGCCGAGGGCGAUGGGGCUGGGCUGAGAGGCGAGGCGGCGGUGGCGGCGGCGACAGCGGCGGCCCCUUGGUGGCUGCGGCCGGGAGGCCGCCGAGGAGACGGCGCGGCCGAUCCGACCGAAACAUCCUAGAAUCUUGGUGUCUGGACAGAGGAGACAGAGGAACGGAGGUUCGGAAAUGUUGCCUGGUCACAUAUAAGCAACCUCGUAAACCCGUAACUAGAAGCCUCCAGCUCGUACAGUAGUUUAGAGCUGGGAUUCGGGUUGUCUUCAAAGUCUAAUAGACCUGUCUACUUUGAGACUUGGUUGUCUUGACGUGUUUGGAAGCACAAGAUUUUCCCAGUCAUUGUAGAUAUGGACAAAGAAGAAAGGAAGACUAUCAACCAGGGUCAGGAAGAGGAAAUGGAGAUUUAUGGUUACAAUUUGAGCCGCUGGAAGCUGGCCGUGGUUUCUUUAGGAGUGAUUUGUACUGGCGGGUUCCUCCUCCUCCUCCUCUAUUGGAUGCCCGAGUGGCGGGUGAAGGCGACCUGUGUUAGAGCUGCAAUUAAAGACUGUGAAGUGGUGCUGCUGAGGACUACUGAUGAAUUCCAAAUGUGGUUUUGUGCAAAAAUUCGCUUUCUUCCUUUGGAAACUCCCCCAUUUUCGAGUCCAAAAUCUACAGUUAAUAAGUUUUCCAAUGGCCAUGCAGUUCAUCUAACUGAGAAUUUGACUGAAGAGAAUAGGCAGGAGAUAAAUAAAUAUUCCCAGACUCCAUCUCAACAGAUUCGUUAUUUCACCCACCAUAGUGUAAAAUAUAUCUGGAAUGAUACCAUUCACAAUUUUGAUUUCUUAAAGGGACUGGAUGAAGGUGUUUCUUGUACGUCAAUUUAUGAAAAGCAUAGUGCAGGACUGACAAAGGGGAUGCAUGCCUACAGAAAAUCGCUUUAUGGAGUAAAUGAAAUUACUGUGAAAGUGCCUUCUGUUUUUAAACUUCUAAUUAAAGAGGUUCUCAACCCAUUUUACAUUUUCCAGCUGUUCAGUGUUAUUCUGUGGAGUACUGAUGAGUACUAUUACUAUGCUCUAGCCAUUGUGGUUAUGUCCGUAGUCUCAGUUGUAAGCUCGCUCUAUUCCAUCAGAAAGCAAUAUGUGAUGUUGCAUGACAUGGUGGCAACUCAUAGUACUGUGAGGGUUUCAGUUUGUAGAGUGAAUGAAGAAAUAGAAGAGAUCUUUUCCACAGACCUUGUGCCAGGAGAUGUCAUGGUCAUUCCAUUAAAUGGGACAGUUAUGCCUUGUGAUGCAGUGCUUAUAAAUGGCACCUGCAUUGUGAAUGAAAGCAUGUUAACAGGAGAAAGUGUUCCAGUGACAAAGACUAAUUUGCCAAAUCCUGCAGUGGAUGUUAAAGGAAGCGGAGACGAAUUAUAUAGCCCUGAAACACAUAAACGACACACUUUGUUUUGUGGGACCACUGUCAUUCAGACUCGUUUCUAUACUGGAGAACUUGUCAAAGCCAUAGUAGUUAGAACAGGAUUUAGUACUUCCAAAGGACAACUUGUCCGUUCCAUAUUGUAUCCCAAACCAACUGAUUUCAAACUCUACAGAGAUGCAUACUUGUUCCUUCUGUGUCUUGUGGCAGUGGCAGGCAUCGGAUUCAUCUACACUAUUAUCAAUAGUGUUCUAAAUGAGGUAGAAGUUGGGGUAAUAAUUAUUGAAUCUCUUGAUAUCAUUACAAUCACUGUGCCACCUGCACUUCCUGCUGCAAUGACUGCUGGUAUUGUAUAUGCUCAGAGAAGAUUGAAAAAAAUUGGCAUUUUCUGUAUCAGUCCCCAAAGGAUUAAUAUCUGUGGACAGCUGAAUCUUGUUUGCUUUGACAAGACAGGAACUCUCACUGAAGAUGGUUUAGAUCUUUGGGGGAUUCAACGAGUGGAAAAUACACGAUUUCUUUUACCAGAAGAAAAUGUUUGCAAUGAGAUGUUGGUAAAAUCUCAGUUUGUUGCUUGUAUGGCUACAUGCCAUUCACUUACAAGAAUUGAAGGAGUGCUUUCUGGAGAUCCACUCGAUUUGAAAAUGUUUGAAGCCAUUGGAUGGAUUCUAGAAGAAGCAACUGAAGAAGAAACAGCUCUGCAUAAUCGGAUCAUGCCUACUGUGGUGCGUCCUCCCAAACAGCUGCUCCCUGAGCCCACGCCUUCAGGGGACCAGGAAAUGGAGCUGUUUGAACUUCCAGCUGUUUAUGAAAUAGGAAUUGUUCGCCAGUUCCCAUUUUCUUCUGCUUUGCAACGUAUGAGUGUGGUGGCACGGGUGCUUGGAGACAAGAGAAUGGAUGCAUACAUGAAGGGAGCCCCUGAGGUUGUGGCCAGUCUCUGUAAAGCUGAAACAGUUCCUGUUGAUUUUGAAAAAGUUUUAGAAGAGUACACUAAACAGGGCUUCCGUGUUAUUGCUCUUGCACACAGAAAAUUAGAAUCAAAACUGACAUGGCAUAAAGUACAGAAUAUUAACAGAGAUGCCAUUGAAAACAACAUGGAUUUUAUGGGAUUAAUUAUAAUGCAGAACAAAUUAAAGCAAGAAACCCCUGCAGUACUUGAAGAUUUGCAUAAAGCCAACAUUCGCACAGUCAUGGUCACAGGUGACAACAUGUUGACUGCUGUUUCCGUGGCCAGAGACUGUGGGAUGAUUCUACCUCAGGAUAAAGUUAUUAUUGCUGAAGCAUUACCUCCAAAGGAUGGGAAGGUGGCCAAGAUCAACUGGCAUUAUGCAGACUCGCUGCCCCAGGGCAGCAGCGUACCAGCCAUCGACUCAGAGGUGAUUCCCAUUAAAUUGGUUGAUGAUAGCUUGGAGGACCUGCAGUUGACUCGUUACCAUUUUGCGAUGAAUGGCAAAUCAUUUUCUGUGAUACUGGAGCAUUUUCAAGACCUUGUACCUAAGUUGAUGUUGCAUGGCACUGUGUUUGCUCGUAUGGCACCUGAUCAGAAAACACAAUUGGUAGAAGCCCUGCAAAAUGUAGAUUACUUUGUUGGGAUGUGCGGUGAUGGAGCAAAUGAUUGUGGUGCUUUGAAGAGAGCACAUGGAGGCAUUUCUUUAUCAGAACUCGAGGCUUCAGUGGCAUCUCCUUUUACCUCCAAAACACCUAGUAUUUCCUGUGUGCCAAACCUCAUCAGGGAAGGCCGUGCUGCUUUGAUGACUUCCUUCUGUGUGUUUAAGUUCAUGGCUCUCUACAGCAUUAUCCAGUACUUCAGUGUUACUCUCCUGUACUCCAUUCUGAGUAACCUAGGAGACUUCCAGUUUCUUUUCAUUGAUCUGGCAAUCAUUUUGGUAGUGGUAUUUACAAUGAGUUUAAAUCCUGCUUGGAAGGAACUUGUGGCGCAAAGACCACCUUCCGGUCUCAUAUCUGGGGCCCUACUCUUCUCCGUUUUGUCUCAGAUCAUUAUCUGCAUUGGAUUUCAGUCUUUGGGAUUUUUUUGGGUUAAGCAGCAACCGUGGUAUAAAGUGUGGCAUCCGCAUUCAGAUGCCUGUAAUACAACAAGAAGCCUAUAUUGGAAUUCUUCACAUUUAGACAAUGAAACUGAACUUGAUACACGUAAUAUACAAAAUUAUGAAAAUACCACAGUGUUUUUUAUCUCCAGUUUUCAGUACCUCAUCGUGGCAGUUGCCUUCUCAAAAGGAAAACCCUUCAGGCAGCCUUGCUACAAGAAUUAUUUUUUUGUUAUAUCUGUGAUUAUGUUAUAUGUUUUCAUAUUAUUCAUCAUGUUGCAUCCAGUGGCCUCUGUUGACCAGGUUCUUCAGAUAGUGUGUGUGCCGUAUCAGUGGCGUAUAACCAUGCUCAUCAUUGUUAUUGUCAAUGCCCUCGUGUCUAUCAUGGUGGAGAGCUUCUUCCUUGACAUGGUCCUUUGGAAAGUUGUGUUCAGUCGAGACAGACCAGGAGACUCCCGCCUCACCACCACACAGGCUCCACAGGAAUCAGUGGACCGGUGGGGGAAGUGCUGCUUAUCUUGGGCCAUGGGCUGUAGGAAGAAGAUACCCAAGGCCAAGUACAUGUGUCUGGCACAGGAGCUGCUGGUUGAUCCUGAGUGGCCACCAAAACCGCAGACGACAACUGAGGCUAAGACUCUGGUCAAGGAGAACGGAUCGUGUCAGAUCAUCACCAUCACGUAGCAAGCAAGGCGUCAGUCUCGGUGGGGUGCUCACAGCAGUGUUCAGGAGAAUGCGCUUCGGGAUUUAUGGACAUUGGGAGCCGGGGUGGCACUGUUACAGCUUAUGUCCCUUCUAAUACAAAAGCUUUGCGUUAAAAUAAAUAAAUGACUAGCAGAAAAAGGUAUUGGCCUGGCAGUUACAUUAACAAUCUGUAAAGUUCUGUAUUCAGUAACUUUAAUAUCAUAACACAUUUCCAGAAUUUUCUUGAUUGUCACUUUCAAUGAUAGUCCUUAUGUUGGAUAUAGAAGAAAUUGAAUGUUUAAUACAUUUUUAGACAUUAGCAUGUAAAACCAGUUUGCCCCCUUUAAAUGUAUGUCUCAGCCCCCUUACUAGACUUUGUCCCUUUUCAUUUAAGGGCCCUAACUUUAUGAUUGAUAGUAAAAAUUAAAUGGGUGUUCACGAGCCUCCAGAGCAGACAGAUGAAGGUCUUUUUGAUUUGGUUACACUAUUUCUUCCAAAGAAUUCCAUAUGAACAUUAACCAGUUCCCUUGGGUAGCCUAGAGUCAGGAGUAAGUUUGCAUAAUAUUGCUUAUAGAACAACUCAGGUAUUUCUGGUUCUGGUUUUAUAUUUUCUGUACAAACUGCCUGGGUUUUAUUUUUCUAAAUCGGCAAGGUGCUCCACUGCCUUCUUGAGAUGUUCCUCAGAGCUGUUCAGUGGAUCUUGUGUUACGUCUGCUGUCAGUGAUUUGCUUUGCUUCAGUUACACAUCAAGCCCUUUUCACAAAGAGAAAGAUGAUUUCUCUUGGCAGUAGUUGUAGAUCUGAUCUCUGCUUAGCUGUUUUUCUCCCUUGGGCUUUGUAUUAUUUUAAAUACUAAAAUACUCUACUCUUCAGGUCAUUAAAAGUAGAGAAAACUAGCAGUAAGUUUCUUUUUUCCUUUUCUCUCUCUCUCUCUCUCUCUUUUUUUUUUUUUUUUUGAGUUAGGAAAGAUUACUUAAGGUUCGGUGUAUGUGUGCUAGCAAGGCUUAAAAAAUAAUGAGUUUCAGAUUUGAACGCUGGUCUCCCAAGUCGUGUGAACUUGUUGAGUUAGUUGGAUGCCAUUAGGGGGCGCCAGAGGUCGGUGCAUAUCUGUUUCAGAUUGGGAUAGUUCCAAAUGAGCAUGUUUGAUGUGGAUGUUUCUAGGAGGAGAUAAAGUUGGACAUAUUUAUUGAGCCAGAAUAAUCGUGGAAUCAUGGAGAAUAUGUUGUUAACUUUUGGUUUUACCUGAGUCAUGUUUCAAUUCUAAACAAAAGUAACUUUUUAAAAAUGCCGUUAUAGGUAGAACCCAGCAGUUUGCCCUUGGUCUCAGUGACGGUAAACCCUGGAAGUGGAUUGCUGUGAUGGACCCCACACUCUCCAAACAGUGUGGCAUUUUCCCGUGUUCCCGAUAUUAUCUACCAGUUUACCAAAUGUACCCAGAAUUGUAGAACCAGAAGGUUCUCAUUCUUUAUGCUGCAAAGACCUGAAUGAUAUUUGGUAACCGCAUGAAAAAUGUCAGUUACACUCAGGACCACUGCUGUUGCCAUUGACGAUUCACAAAAUGUAAUCGCAGUUUUCCAUGAAAAUGUCUGUGAUAUUAAUACACACUAGAUGAUAAGAACAAAUCCAUGAGUGAUUCUAUGAAGCUAUGCAUCUUAGACCUCUUGAGCUGUGAGUUAGCACUGUUGGUCGACAUUAUUUUUUUUUAAUGUCCACGUUCAUGUUACCCUUUGGUGGCUUCCAGAAUUGUAAAUUUUAUUCUCUGGUUUAUAUACCAGAUCAUUUGAGUAAUUGCUAAGUAGCAGCUUUAAAAAAUCUAAUUAUCAGAAUGUAUCUAACAUCUUUAAGAGCAUGAUCAUACAAAGCUGUUUUUGACCCCACCCACCCACCCCUUUUAGCAUUUCGAGUUACAAAGGGUUUUGGGUCUCGGCUGUGCAUAGUAUGUCCAGAGGUAUGAGGCUUAUGGGAGGUUGUAUCUGACUGUAGCAGGGUUACUUGAGGAAUACCUGUGAAGGCAGGUGUGGGCCCAGUGCCAUAGACAGACUGAAGCUUCUCUCUGUUGGUCACCAAUGACACCGAAAUUCUGAUUCUGAAUUUUAUGUUAAAUUAUUUUAGUGUAUACAGACCUAAAUUUUUAAAUUUGUACAUAUAUUAUUUUGAUGUAUUAAGAUUAAUAAAUAUUUCUGAUUUAAAUUUUAUUUAUGCACAUACUUAAAAGGACAGAGAUGUCCAGGAAAGUAAUUGUUAAAUAAUGAUACAUGUAACUUUUUAACUUUUUAAAUAAAUAACAAGAUUUUUAAUGGGUGUCUCCCUCAGGGUUGUUCAAAGUUUUUUUUUUUUUCUCCCUGAAAUGUAAAUCAUGGGAACUAUAUGUUUUGUAUCUUCUAGCACCGACUGCUGUACAGCAAUGCUGCAAAUAAUGCUUGAAUAAAAGUGGCUAAGCCAACAACAAAAAAAUACUUUUUAUAGUAGUUUUAUAAUCCUUCAAUUUGAAAAGCUUUCCAAAUUGCACUUGCAUUUAAAGCAAACUGUUGCAGCUUUCACUCUAUUUAUUUUGUUUCCUAUGUUUGUGAAAGUACUGCACAGUUUGAAAUGCAUGGUAAAUAAUAUUCAGUGUCUGUAGUCUGUUCCAGAAACCGCUGUAGAUAACCAUACCCAAGGAAGAGCAAGACCCAGACUUUAGGAAACGUUCUGAUUCUUCGUGCAUGCAGCGUUGACAGAAGUCAAAAUAGUUUUUUUGUAUAUUUAUGGUGGGAGGCGUUUGGAAACCUUUAACAAAAUGGGGUGUUGAAUUUUGUAUAGUGUGUGGGCAUUUACACAUAUUUUUAAUGUAUUAAGAUUUGGUAAUUAUGUGCACAUGAAAUUAAUAAAAUUUCUUCCUGUUAUGAUUUGUGAAUUCCUUUAAGAGCUUGGAUUUUUUAAGUAAAUUUAUAUCAGAAAUGAUACCGCAUCUUUAUAUUUUUUAAAUUGUAUUGCUGCUCACGAAUGGUACCUUAUUGUCCAGAAGGCAUACAUUCAUGGUUGUACAUCCAGCAUUGUAAAUAACCUUAGGAAAUCUUUUUUGAUUGAAGCUAUUCAAAAUAAAAAUUUAAAAGAAUGCAAUGACAUGUCGUCUCUUCCAUGUGCAUACAUUUGUUUGGCUUUUGGUUGCCUAAAAGCUGCCGUCUCUGAAUUUACUUUUCUGCUUAGUGUUUCCUCCUUUCUCUUUUUCUUUUAACACUGGAGUUUUGAAGGAAGCAGUUCAUGUGUCGCAUCCUAUCUGACCUCCCUGGGGAACACCAUCAGUCCAAUCCAACAUAAAAUUGAAUGUUUAGAGUGUCAUGAAGACUAACAGGUGUCAUAGUGAAUGUGGAGCCUGAAUAGUUAGUUGGGAGGAGCAAGCCACAGCGAACAGCAUGCCUAACAUCCGUGAGUGCCAGGUGCACCCAUGGGCAGAAGCUGGCGCUAAGUAGAGAUGUAGAA